AUGGACUACACAGUCUCAGGGACUGAUUCCCUGGAAAGCAUCGCCGCCGCACAUGAUUGUACAGUCGGUGAAUUAAUGAAAUUGAAUCGGAUGAGCUCUCGCAUGGUCUUUCCGGGUCAGAGAAUACAGGUGCCGUUUUCGUCACAAGAUAACGUAUUUGAAAGUGAUGCUAUUGCUACCUCAACUCCUCGUCAUGGCAAUCAAAUAGCGGGCGGGGAAAGUGCUGCUGAUGGGAUUCGUAAAGGGCCAGGCGGUGCUGUUCCAGCACAACAUCAACGUGGCAGCAAUCUGAUGAAAACGCAAAGCGCACCUCUUCCUGGGCUUGAUGAAGCUGACUCAGACUGUCUUCAACGGUUUCUGAAAAUCAAGGUGAAGCAAGUUACUGAGUCGGACGGUACGGUGUCAGGGACGCUUCUUGUUACACCAAAUUGCCUCAUGUUUGACCCUGAUGUUAAUCAUCCCUUGGUCAAAGAAAAUGGGCAGGAUUUAUAUGGAAUGGCUGGCGUAUACAUGGACGAAAUUGUAUCCGUUUCCGUCUAUAAGGAAAUCAGCGCGCUAACUGGAGACAAGGAAGACAAAAAGAAAGACAUCUUCGAUCCGAAUCAUGUUCGAACUCCAGCUACAUCUGUUUCUCAUCAAGACUCCGCUGGUGAUGUAGGAUCCCUUCCACCAGAGGUUGAUCCGCAACAGGUGCCUGAUGAUCCAGUACAAGAGGAACCAGUGAAAUUCUCUCUGUUUCAACGGCUUGAUUCGGGUGGAAGUACUGAUGCGAAAGCGGACGAAGUAAAUGAUCAGUCGUCAACAAAAGGAGGUAGUGAAAUUUUUCUGCCAAGUAUCGACGAAGAAUCACAAAACGUCAAGACGCCUGACGACGAUCGCGAAGAUCGUCGGACGAGAACAUCUAGCGAUGUGGUAACGCAAGAAGGCUUGGACAGAGUAUGCGAAUACACAUGCGCACCGUUCGUCCGACGUACGUCGCAUCACAAAAGAUGUAACAGACGACAGCGCUGCAUAUCUGGAAGCUGGAUAGCGGCAGCGGCCAUGUAUCUGAUUCUUUACAAACGGGAUUGGAAACGGGUCAAAGUUGUCGGAGAGGCGGCCAAUGCUGCUGCAAACCAAGCAAAGGUAUAUUUCUCCUCUCAACGAGUGAUCGAUACUGAUAGGGUUGUUUUGAAAGAUAGUGCAUCAAAUGAAGUUAAGGCUGCUGCUGAUGUCGUAGCUGCUGUGCCAGGACGAGUGGUAGACAUGGGGACAAGCCUAGUAUCAGACGGAAUCAACGGGGUGCAGGAGAUAUUCAAUGUGGAUGUUGAG